GUGUUGUUGAAAGAGGAAGAGGAAGUGGGUGUGUUCGGGGGAACCUCUGACCUUUAUCAAGAAGGGAAUAACGUGCCCUUAGUGUCAUUAUUAACGUGUCAUUAGUGUCAUUAUAACACUGUCAUCAGUUGUGUUGAUUUGCAGGAUUUCUGCCCUGGCUUAUAGGUCUUAUAAGAGAGAUUUGGAUCUUUGGUUUAUUGCAGAUGGCAUCAUUGGGUCCUGAUCAGCAUGUGGAGGCGACCAUUGAAUCAACAGAGCAGUCCGAGGGCGUCACCCUCUAUGUCAUCAGCAUUAGUGUUGGACCUGUUAAAUGGACUGUGAAGAAGAGAUACAAUGCCUUUGCCGAACUCCACGACAAGCUUGUUAGCAACCAUGGCCUUGCCCGAGAUUUGCUCCCUCCUAAAAAGAUCAUUGGAAACAAAGAUCCAGCUUUUAUUGAGAAGAGAAGAACUGAUCUUCAGUUGUAUUUACAGACAAUCCUAAAUUUCAUGCAUCAUGCAUUACCCCGUGAAUUGGCAGAAUUCCUUGACUUCCACAUCUAUGAACUUACUCAUUUACUACAAUCCAUGGCAAGACUUUUUUUCCAUGAGGCAGAUAAACUACUUACAGAUGGCAAGCCAGUCAUUCUAACACCUUUGCAGCUACAUGCGAUCUCCUUCCGUCUCAAGAACCCUCUGCCAACCAACGUAGCCUCGGAACAAGAGACUGAUUUUAGUCACGUGGCUGAUUUUGUCUCCCAGAUUAAACACCUUGUCAUUCAAGGCAGUAAUGAGUGUCUGAGGACUAGCAACAUUAUAGAAAAUAGCCUUUCUUACACGCUUAACACCUUUAAAAGUUUAGAAACUCUAUCUGUGAAGAAUGCAAGUAUAUCCCAGAUUGGCCAUUUAGGAGCAGUAAGAAGAACUACUUGGUCACUGAAAGUCGACGACAGUGACAUGAAGCAAAUUCACGAAAUACUUCUUUGUGAUUCAAUUUACAAGGAAACAGUUGAGGGUUCAGAUCCUUACAAGUGGUUGCAGCUCAGAAGUGUUGACUUUAGUUGUAACAGUAUCACAAAGAUUGAUGACUCAAUCACCUUGGCACCCAAAGUCGAAAGGUUGGACCUAAGCCGUAAUAAGUUAACCUCAGUGGAUAAUCUGACUAAACUCCCCAAUUUAGUAUCCUUAUCUCUUGCCAAUAAUCUCUUUACAAGUUUGGAAAACAUGCACACAAAACUUGGCAAUGUAGUAGAGUUGGAUCUGUCUCAGAAUAAUCUCACUUCCUUGGAAGGAUUGAAUAAGCUUUACUCUUUGGCAACACUGAAUGUGUCUACCAACAACAUAUGUGAGAUUUCUGAAGUCAGCCAUGUAUCACGUCUUCCAUGCCUUGAAAUCCUCAUUAUCACAGGAAAUCCUGUUGCAACGGUGCUUGAUUACCGCACAAAAGUGCUUGAAUUAUUUGGCCAGAGAGCCUCAGAAAUCUGCUUAGACAAUGAGCGGCCAACGCAGAGGGAACUAGACACUGUGGCAGUUCUCCAGGCCAUCAGAGCAUCAAGAGAAGGCAGGCUCCCAACACUAAGUAUAACUAAUCCUAUGCCAACAACCACAACAACACUGUCUUUCAUACCUCCUGAUGUUGCUACAGCAGCCAGUGAGUCAUCUGUGACAAAAUGAAAGCUGUGUAUGAUUUAAGAUAUAUGAUUUGCAUUUCUAAAAGGACCAAUUAUAUGCCAGUGUUAGACUUGCCUACCAGUGCGACAAAACUGAAGCAGAUUUUUGUUAAUGUCAUGUUAUAAGAUGUGUAAAUGGUUGCUUUUCUUCAUAUGUAGAUUUUCUUUAUGUGCUGUAUGAUUUACUAGAAUAGAUAUGUAACACAAAUUAAAAAUCACAGAGAUAUUACUUAUUAUGCAAGAAGUACAAUAAUUCCAUAACCAAUUUUGAAUUAUGGUAAAAUGAUUAUAUUUAACUACAAGAAGUUACAAAUGAAGUUUAACUAGCUUAGUAUACAUCAAUCUUCAAUGAUCAUGAAUCUCUUCUGUACAGCUGAUUUCCUGAAUAUAUAUAUGUGUUAACAUAAUCUGAAAGAUCUGGAAUUACUUGAAAUUUACCUCAUAGAUCUUUUGUGCCACUUUUGAUUAGUAUUUUUAAAUUUUUUUUUUUUUUCUCAAGGAUUUCUGAAAUAAUUUCAGUCAUUAUCAUUUCCAUCAUCGCCAGGUAGGUAGUUUUUGAAGAUAGUAGUUUAGUAGGAGGAAUUAUAACAGGAUGCAAUAAUUGGUUGUUUGGAAUAUACAUAUAUAAGCCAUGUCUUGCAUGAAAAUACAUUGCUAACUUGGUGCAUAUUUUUAAUCCCCAUGUAAAGGGAUUUUUUUUUUUGUAUGAUUCCAGAAGCAGAACUACAAAUGUAUUGUACUUAAACUUGUACAGGGUCAGUGACUUGUUCUGAUACUAAAAGAUAGUGAGAAUGGGACUAAGGUGAAAGAUAGAUGAAUAGAUCAACACACAGUAACAGGGAGAGACAUGGAAAGUGAACUUUAACUAAAAAGAGGGGCAUUCAAAAAGCUUGCUGAAAAUGUUGAUACAACAAAAAGCAUAUUUAAAUGAUUAUUUAUUUUACAUCCAAGUCAAGAGACUUCUUAGUGAUGAUUUUGUAGUCUAUUUUUGCAAAAAUCUGGUUCCUGAAUGUAUCUUUAUGUUUUGGAUUAGAAGAUAAAAUAUAGAGGGAGCUAGAAAUGGACUGUAUAGUGAAUUAUUUAUAAUUUUCCUCUGUAGUCCAUGAGCUCUUGCUCUUAACCCCUUGAUGAUGGGUGAAGAAAAAAACAACAAAAAAACUAUGCUCUGGAGAUCAAUAACAACUCGCCGACCUUGAGCGUGGAAGUUCGGUACAUCAAGCCGAAUCACCGGCUUGUAGUUCUUUUGUGUGCUGCCACAGCAUACAGCUGCACGCCACAGAUCAAGCGGUUUGUUUUGAUGCCUCACGGCGUGACCCAUCGUGAAGGGGUUAAAAGAUAGGACCUGUAUGUUUGUGCAUUGUUACGAUAGAGUUAUCUCUAAUUGAUAUAACACCACAUAAUUUUUGUAAAUCAUUGGUGCCAGUUACAUGAAUUGUUUACAGUAUUUUUUUUAUUGCUUUUGUGUACAGGUAGAUGACUUACCUGAUCAGGCCUGUUUACCUGAUACCUUGGAUUCUUUUGUGAAAAGAAGUAUAUUUUCUGUUUCCAUUAUCAUUAUUGUUAAUGUUAUUAUCAUCAUCAUCAUCAUCGUUAUCUAGUAGUUGACUCCUUGGUGACUAAGUGCUUCUGGAACUAUGUCUGUGUAAAUAAAAUUAAUUAGACUGUAAGUAGUGCAUCAAUGAUUAUCACUUGUAAUACACACAGGGUUACUUUUCGGCCUUUUAGAAAAGCUACAAAUGAUAUGCCUUGUGAUCUUCCCAUAACUGUUAUCAUAACCUUUGCACUAGAUCUUUUUGAUUUGUACUUGAUGGUUCAUUUGCACCUUGUGAACGUCACUGUUUUAUUUGCUGCUUGCUCUCGGGAUCAAAUUGAUAGAUUUGUUUCAUAUCUACUCACAAAUCUCAAAGACAUUAUUCUGAAAAUUUGCCCCUCUGGUUGAGAAGGUGCAUCCAAAAGUUCACUCUUCUCACCAACUGACCAUAGUGUAAUAGAAGGCAUACUUGAGUACAAGAUGAUCUAACCUACUCAGACACCACAGAAAUACUCAGUAUUUGUUCUAUUGUCUCAGCUGUGUUUUGGCAGGUCAUCCUCAACAUUUUUAUCAUUGAGUUAAGGAUGUUAAUGACCUUUUCUUGUGAUAGUCAUCUUCAGCUGCUCCCUGUGCAGACAUGAAACGAGCAGUCUAUUUGAUAGCAGCAUUCUCCUUUGAAAAUGUCUCCAUAAACUUUUCUUAUAGUGGUGAUAUCUCUUUCCUUCCACAAAAAAAAAAGAAUUACUGGCCCUUAUUUUGCGUGGUUCUUAACCCAUUGCCGCCAGGGAAAAUGAAUAAAAAAUGGGGAAAAUGUUGUGCUCAUUUUUUCUAUUUUUUGUGAAAUGUCUCUGUACAUAGAUGGCUCUGCUAGUGCUUAGCCACAAAGGAGUC